AUGGGCUCCAGCUACAGCCGCGGCUUCUGCUCGAUCCAUCCGCCCGAGGAAGAGGAAGAGGAAGAGGAGAGGAGAGAGGAGAGGAGAGAGGGAGGAACCAUUCAGCUUAUUCACCGCCGGAGUGAGAAGGAAAAAAAGAAAAAGAGCAGAGAGAGGGGAGAGCGCACGGGAGAGACGCGCUUCCUGGACCACACCAUCCCCCAGUGCGAGGAGGGGCGCUCCAAGCCUCGCCUCUCGUGGGCUUUGUGGAAUGGGACAGAAUCGAGCCUGAAACCAACAUGUGGUGCGGCAGAGGUCCUCAUCUGGUAG